AUGGGGCAGAUCGAGUGGGCCAUGUGGGCCAACGAGCAGGCGCUGGCGUCCGGCCUGAUCCUUAUCACCGGGGGCAUUGUGGCCACGGCCGGUCAGUUCACCCAGUGGUACCUGGGCGCCUACUCCAUAGCAGCGGGUGUAUUGGUCUGCAUGCUGGAGUACCCCCGGGGGAAGAGGAGCAAGGGCUCCACCAUGGAGAGGUGUGGACAGAAGUACCUGACCAAAGUGGUGAAGCUGUUUGGGCCCCUCACCAGGAACUACUACAUCCGGGCCUUCCUGCACCUUGGGCUGGCGGUACCUGCUGGCUUCCUGCUCGCCACCAUCCUGGGGACAGCCUGCUUGGCCAUCGCAAGUGGCAUCUACCUGCUGGCGGCCAUCCGUGGGGAGCAGUGGAGCCCCAUCGAGCCCAAACCCAAGGAGCGGCCGCAGAUUGGGGGCACCAUCAAGCAGCCGCCCAGCAACCCUCCACCCCGGCCCCCGGCCGAGGCCCGCAAGAAGCCGAGUGAGGAGGAGGAGGCGGCGGGGGUCCCCCCGGGUGGCCCCAAGGAAAACCCCAUGCCAGUGACCGAUGAGGUCGUGUGA